AUGGGAUGGAUGUCCAGAAUAACUGGGAAUGUUCGUGAAUCUACGGAAGUUUGCAGUGUUGCCAAUAUUGCCGAGAAAAAAUCUGUUUUUGGAAUUAAUCAUUUUGGACGUUACAUUCGUUCCGAGUUAAGGGGAGGAUUUGAGAAGAACAAAAAACAUAAUUUCCUCAUAUUUUGUGCAUUAUGGUAUUCUGGCGUAACUCCUACAAAUCGUGAAAAGAACGAUCCAAGAGGUAGAGAAAACGUGUUUUUCCAAGACUCGGUUUGUGGGAUGGGAUUCAUCUUGGAUCCGUCAGUCUUCAAAUCUGACUCUCUGGACAGCCCAUCACUAAUUAGAUAG